GAGCGCUGGAGUAGCUGCCCGUUCGUUGGCAGAAGGUUGUAGCACGUACCCUACGUACGUAAGUGUACUGGGUAAACUAUUGUCUGUUAGUUUUGUCCUUUUUGUGUUGGGCGAACUUUGUUUGUUUGUCCUUUUUCAUUUUGUCGGAGAUUUCGUUGUGGUACAACAUGCGUAAGAAACCCCACCCCAACAACGGCAGCAGCAGCAGCGUGUUGGAGCGGUUGGUCGUUUUUCUGGUCACUUACUCGCCGUCACUUUGUUUUCUUGGGUCGAUGAACGCACGCUGUUUAGGAGUACUAAAGAACGCGCGCUGUCUAGCAGUACUAUAACAAUGCACUCAUUGAUUUUUGGUCGAUACAGGCAGAACUUGUUUUAUUGUGUUGCUUGAUGUCUACAGCAGCAGCAGGUAGUCCUCAAACUAGGGUGCCGCAGAAAAAGAAGAAGAAAUGGCGACAGCGUUCAUGCCGUUUGUUCGUGGCGUGAUGGGAACACCACUUCAUCAAUAGGUCAGGGUUGGUCAUGGUAGAGAUGUGGAUGCAAAUUGAUCAUUUCCGGAGGAAGCACGUCUGCAUCGGGGAAGGUUAUGGUGGGGUAGUGUGCAGCUUGCUUGGAGGAAAAGAAAGGUGGAGGUGGAGGAGAUGAGUAGGACUUGAUAGUUUGUAUACGGGGUAUUAAUUAUUGAAUUGAAGACAUCAACGAUAUAAUUGUAAUGAUCUGGGUAACGACACGUACGUGUGGGUGUGUUUUUAUUAUUAGCACCGACCGCGCUAACCGGCUGACCAAUGAAAAGACGUCAGUCUUAGUGUGGUUGAUCACACAAAACACUUCUAUCUGCCAUGAACUGGGACCUCGUGAGGGGGCAGCAUGGCGUAGGCUAAAUUAUCCUUCGGAUC